AUGGCAAAGCUAGUUUGCCAUUCACAUCUUCUUCUGCUCAUCAUAGUUUUCCUCUCUCUCCAUCCUUCAAGCCAGCUACAACAACACACUCAGUCACAAACCCUUCUGAAGAUCCAGCAGCUUCUCAACUACCCAUCAGCCUUAACCAGCUUCAGCCAUAGAAGCAACAUCAGAGACUUCUGCAAAAUUGAACCAACUCCAUCUUUGACUCUAUCCUGUUAUGAAGGCAACAUAACCCAGCUGCACAUUAUUGGCAACAAUGGGUUUCCUCCACUGCCUCGUGAUUUCUCAGCAGACUAUUUCUUUGCCACUCUUGUUGGCUUACCAAGCUUGAAAGUGCUUUCACUGGUUUCUCUUGGUUUAUGGGGGGCCAAUGCCUGCAAGUAUUGGGCAUUUGUCUUCACUGGAGAUUCUCAAUGUUGGCUGAGUUCACUUCCAGUCUUGGCUGUUCUCAGUCUGAAAAACAAUAUGCUUAAUGGCUCUUUGCCAUAUUCUUUGGCAUCUUUACAAACUCUCAGAGUUCUCUGCCUAUCAAGUAACUUCUUGUCAGGGGAAGUGCCUGAUCUCAGAAACUUGACAAACUUGCAAGUUCUUGAUUUGGAAGACAACUAUUUUGGGCCUCAUUUUCCAAGUAUGCCUUCCAAGUUGGUCACACUUGUGCUAAGAAAGAACAAGUUUCGCUUGGGAAUCCAGACUGCAUUAGGCUCCUGCUAUCAGCUCCAGAAGCUGGACAUUUCAUUGAAUGGAUUUGUAGGGCCAUUUUUGUCAUCAUGGUUGUCACUGCCUUCCAUUAAAUAUCUUGACAUUGCUGGAAAUAAACUCACUGGACUUCUCUAUAAGAACAUGACUUGCAAUUCUGAGCUUGCUUUUGUCAAUUUAUCCUCAAAUCUUUUGUCAGGGGAUUUGCCCACUUGUCUGAAAAGGGAUUCUAACAGCAGGGUUGUUCUGUAUUCUGGGAAUUGUUUAGUAAAUGAAGAUCAGAAGCAGCACCCUUCUUACUUGUGCCACAAUGAAGCUCUGGUUGUGCGAAUACCACCUCCUAGUGAGGAAAAGCAUAGGAGAACUUAUGGUAAACACGUUGUUGCAUCAAGUGCAGUGGGAGGUAUGGGAGGUAUUGUGGGUGCAAUUGCAGUUGUUGGUUUAGCUUUCAUGGCUGCUAAGAAGUUUUAUAAAUAUAUAUCAGACACAAUGAAGCUGGGAGCUAGCCUUCCUGCUUAUAGAACUUUUGCUUUGGAGGAGCUUCAGGAAGCCACCCAUAACUUUGAUGAUUCAACAUUACUAGGUGAAGGUUCACAUGGACAGAUAUAUAGAGGGAAGCUCCCUGAUGGAACCUUUGUUGCUAUAAGAGGCUUGAAAAUGAGAAAGAGGCAGAGUCCACAGGUCUACACACACCUCCUUGAGCAGAUUUCAAAACUGAGACAUAGCCAUUUGGUUAGUGCUCUUGGAAAUUGCUUGGAGUGCCAUCCAGAUGAUUCAGGCGUCAGUAGAGUAUUUCUUAUACAUGCCAUACAGGUUGCAAUGGAGAAAGGACCUCCAGGACGGAAGCUUACCUGGCCGCAGAGAAUAAUAGCUGCAAUUGGAGUUGCAAAGGGUAUUCAGUUUCUGCAUACAGGGAUUGUUCCUGGUGUUAAAUCAAAUAAUCUGAGGAUAAAAAAUGUCUUAUUGGAUCACGAUCUUCAUGUAAAAAUAAGCAGCUAUAACCUACCUCUUUUGGCUGAAAGCAGGGGAACGAUGGGCACCACAGUUUCUUCUCCGGCACUGAAAGGAAGCGUUCAAGCGAGUUGGAGUUGCACAAAAUCUGAAGAAUAUAACCAUGAAAUGGUUCAAUGUUUCAACAACGGCUUCAAAAUGUUCCGAGAUUAUGCUUCGGUCAUCUCACCAGACUACAAUUGGAGUGAAAUUGAUGUAGCUGGUGUUUGGGAGGUGCUGAAUGUGGGUGCUAAGGGAAUGUCUCAUCAUAGCCUCGUGCAUGCAGCGAGGAGAAAGGACAAAGACAUGGAUCUUUUGAUGGACCUGUAG